UCUGCUUGACACUCGAAGCGAAGGAAUUCAGUUUGAAGGAAAAAAAACAACCAGGAAGUUAAACAGAGGAGGAAACGUAUUCGCUUUGGUGGAGCAUCAAACUCGCAAGUCUUUAAAGAGGUUUUAGAAAGGUUUUAAAUACCAGGGUCAACUUAAAACAAAGUCGAUCCAUCGGGUUUGCGGUCAAAGGGCACUUUUCCAACAAGAUGGACAUCGAUCCGGAGCGGGGCGGAGUGGCCGCAGAGCCGGUGCCACAGGACAAGGUGCAGACCUUGAGGGAUCAGGUAGAUGGAGUGAAAAACAUCAUGACGGAGAAUGUGGACCGGAUCCUGGCCCGGGGAGAGAGACUGGAUGACCUCAUGGACAAAUCCGAGGACCUGCAAGCAGGGGCUCAGCACUUCAAGCAGACGUCUCAGAAAGUGGCUCGCUCGUACUGGUGGAAAAACGUCAAGCUGAUUGUGCUCAUCGUGGUGGUGGUCCUCAUCAUCGUCCUCAUCAUCAUCCUGCUGGCCACCGGAGUCAUCCCUACCAGUGCCCCCCUGCCUCCUAUAGUCACUCCCACCACCAAGCCAAAACCCUAACACACACACACACACACACACACACACAUAUAAUGUACAUAUAGACAUCAUUAAAUCAUAAACAAACACAUUCCUUUUGCACAGUAUACAAAGUAAUAUAUAGACUUAAGCAAAUCACUGCUGUCUGGUGGGACCUUUAUUACGUCUGGGUCCAUUGCUACUCGUGACUUUCUUGCUUAUAUUGGAAUUCGAGGACUCUGUGCUUUAGGUUUUUUUUAGGAUUUUUAAUGACACUUAAGCUUUUGAAACCCUGUCAAAACACAAUUCAGCUCAGCCAUUUUUUGAAUUUGUGAGAAACUAAACAAAAGUCUCUGGAAGGACUGAGGUCUUCACCUGACAGCAGCAAAACCACUGUCAACUGUUCUGAGAGGACAUGUCAGCUCUCCUCGGUUUAACUGUUUCACCAUCAACAAUCAUUAUUUCAUCCUGGCAAAGAGAAAUCAGAAUUAUUGUGUGUAGGGGGAAAUAAUGAGUGUGGAUUUCUCAAGCCACUUACUAGCCAUGUUUGUCUUGAAUGUGAUCACUUAUGUGCACCUUUUAUAACGGACAGAGUGUAUACUUCAAUAGAUGAAAAAUGCAGUGUCUAAAAGAAAUGAUGCGACAUUUGUUUUGUUGCUGAUAUUUGACAAAUGCACCAAACAAAGCAAAAAGAAACGCAUUUUAGGUCACAUUAUAUUUAAUGGAUGGCUGCAUUGUGUAUUAGAUAUGUAUGUUACUACUUGUGGGCUUAUUCUUUUCAAAGUGUUUCUAGUUUCUUUGAAGUCAAUCUAGAAAAAAUAAUCAUUACAUUGAAAUUCUAUUAACAUUUGUCAGAUAGUUUGAUGUAAACAGUCUGCAUUGCUUUAGUUCUUUUGAAAAUAUUGUUUUUCAGCUCCUAAUUGGUGUUGAGGGGUUAUAUUUGAGGAGAGCUUUGUACUCAAUAGUAGUCAACACAGCGAUUGCAGUUAUGUGUUUUUUCUACAGAAAUGUGUGGUCCCUAUAGGGGAAUUGUAGCUUUGCACAUUUGUGCUGUGCAGUAUGAGCAGCCUUUUUAAAGCUGCAGUAGGUGACUUUUAUAUAAAAAAAAAUAACUUUUUGACGUAUUUGCUGAAACCUUUUCCACUAUAUCCUAAUAAUAGAAUAAUCUGUAUAAAUAAAAAAAACUGGUUCCUCUGGCUCCUCCUAGCACUCCUAAUGACGUUUGCAAGAAUCCACCAGGCCUGAACGUAAACAACCAAUCAGAGCCAAGAAAGAGAUUUGUUUGCCGAGUCUCAAAUACCAGUGCUGGGAAUGAGACUCGACAAUCAACCAUCUUCAAGCCACCAACCCAAAGCGUCUGUCUUCCUUUCUCUGCUCUGAUUGGUUGUUUUCAUUCAGGCCUGGUGGAUUCUA